AUGGCUGACCUCAAUUCAAGCUAUCCGGCCUCGGGGUCCGGAGAGCGUCACGAAACUAUGCAUCAGCAACCGCUGUCUAACCAACGCAGCGAGCAGCCUCAACAGCAGCCGUCAGCUGCCAAUUCAGCCGCGCAAGUGGGCGCAGAAGAGACUGGAAAUCAAGCAGCUCUCGAUGACCUAAGGAAACAUGGCACUCAGAUGACCCCGAAGGAGAGAAAACAAGCAGAGGAGUACUUACGGGCGAAAUACGGAGCUGGCAGCCCUCACCAUUCGGCUGACGAGGAGCGGUAA